AUGGCAGGCGUUAAUAACCAAACAAACAACGGAAGUUAUGCGAACGAUAUUCCAUCAGAUCAAAUGUAUGUUGUGGACGCAAACGGUCUUCCGUUGGAUCGUGUGCAUAGUAAUAGUAAUAGUAUGGAUGCAAAUAGCAUUCCGUUGGAUCAAACGGUCGGUGGCGAGUUCAGUAACAACUAUUCCUAUCAACCGCUCUUUCAAGCGUCUUCCAGUCAAGCUGCUUUUCUUUGGAAUACCAACGAUAACAUCCACACGCGCGGAAAUGAACAGUUGAAUACCACGUCCUACGGAUACGUCGAAAACAACGAAAACCUAGUCAACAAUUCAUCCUCGAUUUAUUAUCCUCCCUCCAAUUCAAUAGUUCAAGCAUUGUCUACUUCUACUCUUUCCAACAAUUCUGGCAUGACAACGAACGCUACGAGUCAUGGAUGCAUAGUAAUUGUCAUGAAAGCAGAUGCUAACCUGGAAAGACUACUGUCCAUUAUUCAAUUAUGUGGGAGGGUGGAAAGAUUAUACGAUUGUCCUUCGUUUUUUAUAUAUCGGAUUUCUUGGUAUUGGUAA